UGGGUGUCGCUCUCGUCGCUGUGUUGAAUCAUUAUAUGAGACAAGGGAGGCAUUUUCUGACCAACACUGAAGACUUAACAACUCAAGGAUCGCGGACAGUUGAGCUGUAGAAAAGUCCCGUGAACGGAUUCGAUAUGGAUUUUAGACGGGAUUGGGUCAAGAACGCACGAGUGCAAUGUUGAUACAGUGGAUCCGCGUUCACAGAUCUGACACAGAAUAUCGAGACUUGUAACAAUGUAUCUGUCGUUGAACUCUUGGUAGACCUGGAACAUGUUACAAUGUAUACGAUCUUGAACUCUUUAAGUAGACCUCACUGCCUAUGAUGAUAUGUAUAGGGAGAGACGAGGAAGCAAACCUUCAUAGAAGAAGCAAGGACUGAUGUGUCUGUGAAAUGAUAACAGAUGUACGACACGGAAAGGAACAUGAUUGAAAGGACCAGCAAAUUUAUGUUGAUCGUCGUGGGAUCUUCGCUUUUCAUGCUGAUACUGUAUCAGUACGUGGCGCCCGGGGUGAUAAACUUUGGCUCCCCGCAUGGAUACCUUCUCGGCGAGGAAGAUAUGACAAUUUUUCCCAGUCCGGAUCCGCACUAUGUGAAAAAGUAUUACUUCCCUAUUAGAGAUCUCGCACGCAAUAUAGAUUUCGAAAUCAAAGGAGAAGACGUGAUCGUGUUUCUCCACAUCCAGAAGACCGGCGGGACCACCUUCGGAAGGCAUCUGGUCCAAAAUGUUCGCCUGGAGCUUCCGUGUGAUUGCAGACCGGGGCAGAAGAAGUGUACUUGCUACCGACCGAACCGAAAGGAGACCUGGCUUUUUUCACGGUUCUCCACAGGCUGGAGUUGCGGGUUACACGCCGACUGGACCGAGCUCAUCAACUGCGUACCGGGAGUCCUCAAUAAAAAAGAAAGCAAGUCGAAAAAAUCGAGAAAAUUCUACUACAUCACUUUGCUGAGGGACCCUGUUUCCCGAUACCUCAGCGAAUGGAGGCACGUCCAGCGCGGCGCCACGUGGAAGACCUCCCUGCACAUGUGCGACGGACGAACACCCACGCCCGAAGAGUUGCCUCCCUGUUACGAGGGCUCGGACUGGUCGGGCUGCACCCUGGAGCAGUUCAUGGACUGCCCUUACAACCUCGCCAACAACCGGCAGGUCCGCAUGCUGGCCGACCUCAGUCUGGUCGGCUGCUACAACCUCUCCACGGUUACAGAGAAGAGACGCUCGCAGCUCCUCCUGGAGUCGGCCAAGAAGAACCUGCGCGACAUGGCUUUCUACGGACUUACGGAGUUCCAGCGGAAGACACAGUAUCUGUUCGAGCGCACCUUCCACCUCAAGUUCAUCCGACCCUUUUUGCAAUACAACAGCACGAGGGCGGCCGGCGUGGAUUUGGAAAAUGAAACUAUACAGAGGAUAGAGGAGUUAAAUGAUUUGGAUAUGAAGUUGUACGAUUAUGCCAAAGACUUAUUUCAACAGCGAUACCAGUACAAGCACAUGUUGGACCGUCGGGAGCAGAGACUUUUGAGAGGACAUGCGUCGUUUCACAGCCCCUUCCGAGAGGAAGGAGGGGAGGGUACGGCACGGCUGCCCACCGAGGACUACAUGAAUCAUAUUGUCAACGUGUGGUAACCGAACAACCUUCUCAAGAGCGAAAGAGACCAAUACAGUUGCAUGACCUGGGUCUAACUUUUGACACGUUCACGCUUUUCCAACCUUUGGUCACAAAAUCCACUAGGAGAUAUCAGACGGGACCACUGAACGUUUCAACAAAAUCGAGUCUGUGUGCAUCUCAUAGUCCUUUUUCAACGAAAAGCUCUGAUAUAGCCCGAAUAAUUCAAUUAUUCUCAUACUGUUUGUGCAACUGAUCUCAGUGCUGCAGUGACUGAAAUGACCUGAUCUUCGAUUGACCGGAAUAUCUGGGAAAAGACUCUUCUGUAAAAUAAAAUAGAUUGUUUUUAUAUAUAUAUAAAUAUAAAUAUGUAUAGAUCUUAGCCUUUUUUAAAUCUCCUGUGAAGUGCAGCCAGUUACAAGUGAUGGGAACUACUAACAGCUGUUGUAUGAGAGUCAUGUUUUAUAGAUAUAUCUUAAUACAUACCACAAAGUCCUUUCUUUUUCCAUUUUUUUCUUCCAUAAAGUCAGAAGACAGCACGUGCCAAGGAGAUUGCUAAAGAUAAAUCCAUUCCUUUGUCAAAUGUUGUAUUCCUGCAUAUCUGCCAUUUCUGGUGCCCCACAAAAAAUGGAAUAUCAUUGAAUGUUUUUUUUUUGUUUUUUUUUUAAAGCAUGUGCAUAUAUAUACAGUGUGUACUGUACGCAUUUGUUUUUGCACAUUUGCGUGAUCUGAAUCGUUUUUACCCAUAAUGCAAUGCAGUAUGCACUACAUCUUGCAUUGUGAACCACGUAAACGAACUGAACAAAUUUUUUCUUGUUUGAUCAGAAUUCACAUCAUUUGCCUUUUGUUAAUUGUGGAUUUCGCGAGCAUGUAGAAUGUGUUAAUUGAACUUGCACUGAGCAUGUUGGGGCCUGACAUCUCUCACAGAUCGUUCUCGUUCGGCUCCGUGUUUGUUACCGUUGUCUUCAGAGGCUCCUUAACUUCCGUCUACGCACUUCAACCGAAACUCAAAAUAAACUCUGCUAUUGAAGCCAUGUUAAGAGCCAUUGGGAUAUGUCUGCGUGUGUAUGUGUGCGUGUGUGUGAAGAAAUGCAUCACAUGCUCUGUCUGCAUCUCCUUAGAUUACAACAUGGAAAAAAUCCUGCUAUAAUUAAGAGAAUGGAUAAGAAAAAAUGUGACCAUUAUCUUUGAAUGUGUGUGUGUAUACGUUAAAUUUAUACAAUUGUAUAUUUGCGUGUGUGCACGCCUCUGUGUGUGUGUGUGUGUGCUUAUUUAAAGUGUCUCGAGUUUGCUUUCCAAUAAUGUUCAUUACUGUGAGUGAUUGUUUUAUUCAUGAUUUACACAUGGUUAAUUAACAUUACCAAUAAAAAGAGAUUUUCCCAUUUUUAA